CAUGGAUGCAAUGUACCUGCUUAACGUGCCUGGUGUCAAGAAGAAGAUUUUGCAUGGAGGCUGUGGGCAGCUGCCAACAUUCCAAGAUGGGAGCAAGGUGAAUUCUUCCAGCCAUUCAAGAUGGAAUUAGAGGUGUUUACCAGGCAGCAGGUCUCUCACACUACUUUCUCCACCUGAGCUCUGGUAUUCCAGCUGUAUUCUAUCUGCCUCCAUCAUCAACAGCUGCAAGAGGCCAAGCAGUUGGGAUUCAGCUGACAGUUUUGUUGCUAUAAUUCAUCUUGGUCUGGAGCUCCAUGAAUUCACCACUGCAAACAGAGGGCAUAAAUGUGUUUGGCAGUGACAUCACCCACCCAAGUACUGUACACAGGGGGCUGACAAUGGGUAUAAUAGUGCCACUUUACUGCUUUCCAGCAGUGGGACUGGAGGAGUUACUUGCCUAUUAGCUUUCAGCAUCCCUGCUGGGAAGCUUGCACCAGACAGACGCUGACAGGGUACUGCUGUGGGAGCUCACGCUACUAGUCUAAUUUGUGUUGGGCUAAAGGGGGCAGCCACAGAUGGCAGCUGGGCACGGAACAAACAAGUUAGCAUGGGGAGCGUAUAUAGAGGGGCAUGGUGAGAGAAUUUAUGCUGAUCUGGAUGCUUGUGAGCCUGUCUCCUUGAGAGCUGGGUGGGUUCAGGGUGGGAGAGGGGAGGAAGGAACUACCUCAGUGCCCUGGGCCUGACCCACUCUGCCCUGAUCUCUCCCUGAGGCAGAUCACGUUCCACUUCCAGACGCUGAAAGAUGACUUUGAGCGCACGGUGAUUGACGACAGCCGAGACUCUGGUAUCCCCAUGGAGAUCAUCGUGGGGAAGAUGUUUAAGAUGGAGGUGUGGGAGACCCUGCUGACCUCCAUGCGCAUCAGAGAGGUGGCAGAGUUCUGGUGUGAUGCUGUUCACACAGGCAUGUAUGCCUUGGUCUCCAAGGGCAUGAGGAGAAUUGCAGAGGGCAAGGACCCCUUAGAGGGACAAAGGCACCGCUGUGGGAUGGGGAACAUGUUUGACUACCACAGCACAGGCUAUGAGGACCUGGAUGAACUACAGAGGACACCGCAGCCCCUCAUCUUCAUCAUGGAGCUUUUCAAAGUAGACGAUCCCUCUGCCUACAAGCGAGACACAUGGGCCAUGAGCAAAGAGGAGAAGCUGGCAGCAGUGCCUGUGUUGCAUAGCGAGGGCAACCGGCUCGUCCUGCACAAGAAGUACCGCGAGGCAGCUGAGAAGUACCAGGAAGCUGUUAUCUGCCUCCGGAACCUCCAAGCCAAGGAGAAGCCCUGGGAGGAGGACUGGCUGAAGCUGCAGAAUCUCAUGACACCCCUCAUGCUGAAUUAUUGCCAGUGCCAGCUGGAGCUGGGCGAGUACUAUGAGGUCUUGGAGCACACUACCGAGAUCCUUCAGAAAAGCCAUGAAAACGCAAAGGCCUAUUUCAAGCGUGCAAAGGCCCACGCUGCUGUCUGGAAUGAAAAGGAGGCACGAAAUGACUUCUUGCAGGCGGCUCAGCUGGAUCCAUCAAUGGCAGCAGCUGCAAAAAAAGAGAUGAAGAUCUUGGGGGAAAGGAUGAGGAAAAAACAUGUUGAAGAUCGCAAGAGAUACCAGGGGCUCUUUCAGCAGCCUCAGCCUGAGGGAGCAGCAACAGGGGAGGAGCAGCAGGCAGGAGGUGGCUAUGCUACAGCUGGUAAUGAGGAGGGAGGCGGAGGUUGGGAAAAGUCAGAGACAGGAUUGGGAACAGAGUGCUUCAGAGCAGAGAGGAAAGAAGCUGACCAAGAGAAUUUCAGGGAAGAGCUGAGGAUAGAAGCAGCAAGACUUAAAGAGAAUAAGCAGAGGGAAGGACCCGGUCAGGUGAGUUCUAGGGCAGAGAUAAUGGAGGAAGAGGAGGAACAUGGAGAGAACAGACAGAGGGAAGAACCACACCAGGGGAAUUCUGGGACUGCAGAAGUCCCUGGCCAGACCAGACAAAGGAAAGAACCAGACCAAGGGAACUCUAAGGUCCCAGAUGAAACCAAAGAUAGGGAAAAACAGGAGCAGGAGAAUUCUGUGCCAGAGGCAAGGAUGGAAGAGGAAGGACAUGGGGAGAGCUGGCAGAAGGAAGAAACAGAAAAGAGGAAUACAGGGCUGGGAGACUCAGUGCCUGGGGAAGAGAACACCAAGAUUCAAGAAUUGGAGCAGGGCAAGUCAGGGGCAGGAAAGGUGGGACUUGGGGAGGGGAACUUAGAAGGAAAGAAGAAAGUCCAAGGCCACGGAAGCUUCAAAGCUGAGAGGGGAACUGAAGAGGCAGAACUUGGGGAAAAAAGCACUCCAAAGAAAGACCCAGACCUAGGCAGCAGUGGGGCAGGGGAGACAGGACAUGGAGAAGGGACUGCAGAAACAUGGAUGGAAGAACCAGACCAGAGGAACUGUGGUGAAGAGAGUAGGACAAGAGAAGAGGAGCUCAAAGAAGAGAGCACAAGAGGGGAAGAACCAGGGCAAGGCAGUUCUGGGGCAGAGACAGGCCUUGAGGAAGGAUCAGACCAAGGGAAUUUUGGGGACAGUGGAAGUGUGGGAGAUACAGGUGAUGGAGAAGAAAACAUAGCUGAGAAGGAAGAGCAGACAGAAGAAACAAAGCAAGGGAGCUGCAGCAAAGGCAGAGCAGGGGAAGGCCAAAGGAAGUGUAGGACAGAGGGGAAGGCUGCAGAGCCAAGCCCUGGAAAAGGGGGCUCUGGUGAGGGGCCUGUGGCAGAAAGCCAAGGAGGGAGCCCAGAGGUGGAUGGAGAAUGGGAAGGGGGAGCUGAAGGGCACUGCUGCUCCAACACAGCAGAGCAGAGCUUAGAGGAGAGGACAGGGCAGGGGAGAAAGCAUGGCAGGAAACCUCAAGAAGACUGCUGAGAAAUAUCAGACACUUCCUGGCCAACAAACUGGAAUGAGGCCAGCACUGAAGGUGCAUGCUGCUCGUCAAGUGGGGGAAGAUGGGUGGGUGAAGCCUCCCUCACCCUAUGCUGGACAGAGUGAGCAGGAGAUGGGUAUACCAGGAUGGGCUGCAUCAUUUGGAGCUCCUCUGUCCUGAAAGAGCCUCUGGCCCCCUAAGGCUGAGCUUCCUGAAAGAUGACUGAGCUCUUUGGUGCCUGCCAGGUCUGUGGGGUACAUGGUGCUUCCCUUCCUGUCAGGGCUUCACUGCCUGAUGAGAUCUGAAGAAUCACCACAGCCAGGGUGGCAGGAGCCAGUGCUAUCGAUGUCAUCCCCUUCUCUCUACCUUCAGAGUAUGACAGAUGCCUCCUGUUCCCCAGUCUCUGUACUCGCGGCCUAAGCCAGGCCCCCUUGCCCCAUGCUGAGUCGUCAGUGCUGGCUCCUCUGAAAGUCUUCCUCAUGUCUCUGCUGUUGAGUUUGUUCCCUGAGAAAUAAAGCGCUUUUC